UUUAUCCAUAACCCUCUUCAAUUAUGCACGUUUUCGUUGUGAAACUUCUUCUGAUUAUUCUGUGUCUGCGUUGAACAAUCACAUGCUAGUUUGACUCAUUAUUCUUCCCUUUCCUUUCUCUUAAACACUAUUUUUCAACAAAGCUUUAUCUGAUCUGAUAUACAGGCAACUUUUAAACGAAAUUGCUUAUUUUUUCAUAUUCUUAUUAUAUGUUCUUCUUCUUUGAUUAUUAUCCUCUCCAAUCCCCUUGAAAUCAUCAGUGUAGAGUAUGCUUCAGUUCAUUCUGUAACCAUGGCUAGGCCAGUGAGAAAUCUCUUUGUUGUCAUGUGUUCCUCUCAUAUCCAUAUAACAAACACUGAUCAUGACCUAGUUUGUUGUAUUCAAUUUAACUCUUCAAAAUUGAAAAUUUGAAGAAAAACGCAUGGAGCUUUUCAGCUCUUGGAGAAGAAAACUAGUUAUGAAUUAGAGUAAACUUUGAUAGCUGAAAACUGAACAUAUCAUCUUCAUGAACACAAUUCAAGAUUAGGAGGUCGAGUGUUGAAGGUGGAAGACAAGAAUGAAGGAAAUACAAUGAUCAAUAGUACAAAAGAAGCAGAUUUUCCACUGAAACAGGAAGGUGUUUCUUCGAGUGAUCAUGAAAAGGCAAAGGCUUCAUCGAGUUCAUCUUCUCAAUGGCUGAAACUGAAGGAUCCAAGGAUUGUUCGUGUGUCUCGAGCCUUUGGAGGAAAAGACAGGCACAGCAAAGUGUGCACGGUGAGAGGGCUGAGAGAUAGGAGAGUGAGGCUUUCAGUGCCAACAGCGAUUCAUCUCUAUGAUCUCCAAGAUAGGCUUGGACUGAAUCAACCCAGCAAGGUUGUUGAUUGGUUGCUGAAUGCAGCAAAACAUGAAAUCGAUGAACUUCCACCACUUCCAAUUCCUCCAGGUAACUUCACCCUUGGUUAUCCAUCUCUUGUUGCUUGUAAUGAAGGUUCAGGCCAAAACACAAACACUUUGUGGAAAUCAAAGUCAGGAGAAAUGGUUAGUGAUAAAGCAAAUUGGAUAAACAGAAGUGAAGAUGAUACUAAUAAUAAUACUAAUACUAAUACUGAUACCAAUGCUAAUACUGCUAGUGAUUGUGAUAAUAAACACUGUCAUGGUGCACAUGUUUUUCCAAAUAAUCUCUUGCCAAGACCGAACCAUCCUUCGUUUUUGGGAUUGAUGAACACCAUGCCAUCACUUGGUUACCAAUGGGAGGCUAGUUCAGGUGAUGUUGCUCAAUGGGCAAACCAUGGAUUUGUUAAUCAAACAGAUAUACACAGCAUUAAUGUAGUUCCAAUCCCAUCAUCAACUUUGGCUCUAUCAACUGGGAACACUAGUACUCCUCAGAUUUUGGUGUGUCCUUCUGGAGCAACACAGCCAUAUUUCCCUUCACAUGUUGCAGCAAUGGAGAUGAAUGCAAGACAAAUCAACCACUAUCAGAUGCUCACUUCAGGUUCUCAAAAUCUCUUGGCGAAUUCUCUCAAUCCAUCAUCACAACAACUCAUGACCCAAUCUGGGAAAGUGCCAUUCAGCUUGGUUAGGCCUAAACUUUUUCAUUCUCCUAACACCACUGAAACUCAUCAUCAUCAUCAUCAUCAUCCACGUAAAGACCAGGAUUUUCCUUCCAAGUCAUGAUGCAACAAUGCUGCAUAAUAAAGUUACCAACUUAAUGCUUCUCCUCACAAAUUAUGCAUGGAUUUUGUUGAGAACUGUGGGAAGUUCAUUAUUCAACAUUUUGGCGUUUGAAUAAGUUCACAUAUAUCCGUUUUUGUGAAGUUAUGUUUUGGUUUUCUGAUUUUCCAUCCAGUUCGAUCUAUAUAAAUGCCAUGCAAAUACAGAAGAAUGAUAGCUGUUCCUGAAGUGCUGAUUUGAUUGCUAAGGUAAAGAGAACUCAUGCUGAGAUAAGUUCACUCUCUCUUCCAUGUUGAGAAGAGGGUUGGGAGAUGGAAUAAUAAUAUUAUCAUUUUCAUAUAUAGUUCGUUUGUGAUGUCUUUCUGGUUUUGUGUGUUUGUAUGGACAGGAUUUCUCAUUGUCCUAUUAGUUAAUUAUUUUUUA